GAUGGACCAGGCGCUCGACGUGGCUAAGGAGGCGCUGGAGAAAGGGGAGGUUCCCGUGGGCUGCCUGCUGGUCUACAACGGCGAGGUCAUAGGCAGAGGCAGGAACGAGGUCAACGAGACCAAGAACGCUACUCGACAUGCAGAAAUGGUGGCAAUCGACCAGGUCCUUGACUGGUGCAAGCAACACAAGAGGGAUUAUAGGGAAGUGUUUCCACAGUUGGUGUUGUACGUAACUGUAGAGCCCUGUAUCAUGUGUGCCGCUGCCCUGCGCUUGAUGAAAAUUCCACGGGUCGUGUAUGGCUGUCGAAAUGAGCGAUUUGGAGGCUGUGGCUCCGUUUUGAGCAUCUCAUCUGAUGAUAUGGUGGACUCAGGAGACCCAUUUGAAUGCUCUUCUGGCUAUCGUGCUGAAGAAGCAGUGGAAUUGUUAAAAGCUUUCUACAGACAAGAAAAUCCCAAUGCACCAAAAUCAAAAGUACGGAAAAAGGAUCGUCGUCAGUAGCCCUACACUGGUGGGACACAGAAAUUAACCAGAAAAUGAUAUGUGAAGAUUUCUUCAGCAUGCUGCUUUUUAAAAAUAUGCAGUUCAAUCAAACGAUGUUUUAUUUUCUCUACAGAGUUUUUACUAAUAGGAUACUUAGUACCUGUUCCUGCAUUUCUAUAUUUAUGAUUUCUUUUUAUCAGGCCAAAACAAAAGAGUAAAUGGCUGUUUUAGAAAGAGGGAAAUUGGUGGUUCAAGUCCACUUGUUUACAAACAGAUCCAUUAAAAUGGUGCUUUUUUUCCUUCUGUGUAUGGAGAAGCAUCUUGCUUUUCAAUAGCAAAUGUUUGCUUAGGCAAGCAAGUAACUCUCCUGGAAGGUUACAUUUAUAAGUCCUUUAUAGUCUGUGUGUGUAUAUUUAUUCAAAAGGCAUAUAAAGCAAUUGUACACUCCUUGAAGACUUAGGACCACUGCAAAUGUUUCCUCAUUUUUUCCUACCUUAGCACAAGCCAGAUUUUCAGAGGUAAUUUCUGAAAGUCACAUACCUGUGUAGACAGGGACAUAAACACAAUCACAUGUCUGUUAGUGUGUGCUGUUGCUUAAUAAGGAUAAGCAAAUAUCACUUGGCUGCACAGCACCUUCAUACAAAGUUGUGGAGAAACUCUCCACAGCUCUCUUUAGACUGUCCACUCUUCUUGUGAAUAUCAGUGUAAGAAAUAUUUUAUUUAUAAGAAUCCACUAAGAAGUUGUUCUCAGCUCUUAAAUUACAGUAACCAAGAUGGGCAGAUGCAAGUGAAAACCAGGAAAUGAAGUUGGUAAUAACAUGAAUAAAAUAUAUUUAAGAUAUUUAU